AUGCUGACCGGCCAGUACUUGGGCAUCAACGUCGUCCUGAAACAUCUGCCGACCAACCAUCUGGUCCUUAGUAGAGAGGAUCUGCUCGAACUCAAAAUUAUGAAGGACCUGAACUUCGAACACUUGAACAGUUUCAUCGGCCUCUGCAUCGACCCCGAAAAAGUUUACAUUCUCAGUGCUUUCUGUUCUAGGGGAUCUCUUCAAGACAUACUGAAUGAUAACGUGAUAAAGUUGGAUGAAAAUUUCAAACUUUCUUUCAUCGGCGAGAUUAUGAAGGGGAUGGAUUAUCUUCACAAGUCGCCGAUAAAGCAGCACGGGCGGUUAAAAAGUUCGAACGUGUUGGUGGAUGGGAGGUGGAUAGUCAAGAUAACAGACUGGGGGCUGAUGAGGGUCAGGCAGAAAGAGUAUGAUACCGUCAACGAAACUUUCAACGCCCUACUGUGGACAGCCCCUGAAAUUCUGCGCGAGACUCUCGAGUCAUCUACCUCACUAUCUCCAAAUAGUUGGAUCGGCAGUCAAAAGGCCGAUGUGUACAGCUUCGCCAUCAUUCUGCAUGAAAUUAUUUUCAGGCUGGGGACUUUCUACGUGCAGUCUGAUGCCUGCGUCAGUUCCAGAGAGAUAGUGAUGAAGGUGAGAUCAGGUGAGAUGCCAGCCUUCCGGCCAAGCACGUACGAGGAGGGCAAGCAGGACCACAACCUGCUGGCCAUCAUGUACGAGUGCUGGGACGAGAACAACAGCAAGCGACCUGACUUUGCCAGUUUGAAAUCAAGAUUCUCCUCUCUAUAUAAGACCAAAAACUUGAACUUGAUUGACAACAUGCUGACAAUGAUGGAGAAUUAUUCCAACAACCUGGAAGUCCUGGUUGAGGAAAGGACGGUGCAGCUUCUUGAGGAGAAGAAAAAGACAGAUCGUCUGCUCUACAGCAUGAUGCCGGCGAGCGUAGCGGAUCGGUUGAAGUCAGGUGUGAAGGUAGACCCGGAGUUGUACCCCAGCGUCUCCAUCUACUUUUCCGACAUUGUAUCAUUCACCACCAUGGCGGCACAGAGUACUCCAAUGCAGGUAGUUAACUUACUGAACGACCUGUACAUAAUGUUUGAUGACGUCAUCAAAACUUUCAACGUCUACAAGGUGGAGACGAUCGGGGAUGCGUACAUGGUGGCCAGUGGAGUUCCCGUACCCUACGACUCACACGCGCUUGAGAUCGCCAUGAUGGCCCUCAAAAUCAGAGAGGGUGUGGCCGCCUUCAAAAUUCAACACAUGCCUAACAAGAAACUCCAAGUCCGUAUAGGACUCAAUUCUGGAUCAGUUGUUGCUGGAGUUGUGGGCCUGACGAUGCCUAGGUAUUGCCUGUUUGGAGACACAGUUAACACGGCAAGUCGCAUGGAAUCAACCGGGGAAGCGAUGAAGAUUCAAGUGAGCGAAGCCAUGCACCACCUGCUGACCGACACUAAAGCUGAUUUCGUCAUGACUGAAAGAGGCACCAUAGAAGUUAAAGGCAAGGGCCACCAAAGAACGUAUUGGCUCGUUGGUCAAAAAUGUGAUGCAGCGGUUGCAUAGAUAUCUUAACAAUUCAUACACACAAAUUAGAUAAAUAUUGUUUUAGUCGCAUUCGUGGUAAGGAGCUAUUUGAAGAGGAUUCAAACACUCAAUAGUUUUUUAUUUUUUUGAAUGUUCUUAUUUUGACAGAUUUUUUAAUAAUUUUUGAUGUUGUAUGCGUAGGAUAUUAUCAUUUUUUUUUAUAAUAGGCUUCGUUUUGUUUCGUCUGUACCAGUGCAACAUCUAAUUCAUUCACAUGUCCAAGUUUUUAUAUCGCUUAAACUAUUCAGAGCAAUUUUUGUAAGUAAAUCAUUUUUUUUACAUUGUGAGUUUUUUAAAUACAUUUGGAUAUACUUAUACAUUAAAAAAAAUAAUUUCUACUUGGAAUAUCCAAA